UGCACUAGUUUCUGAGAUUGUGUUGUCUGGGGCCUGGGCUUUGACGAGAGGCCGUUUUCAAAUUGGUUUCUCUCACUCCACUCUUGUAGAGAGAGAGAGAGAGAGAGAGAGAGAGAGAGAGAGAAAUUGCUUUCUUGUCAUCUUGCUCUGUUUUGAUUAAACGAACCAGAAGCCAAAUUGUCCUCACUCCAGUUCUUUUGUCUGCUUCAAAAACCAAUUUCAAUACAUACACAUACACUCCUAUUCAGUGAUUCUCAAAAAAUUUCCCUCAAAGUAGCCCAGAGCUUCAAAAUACUGGUUUUUCCAAUGUCUUCUGAUCUCUUCCUGCUUGAUGAAUCGUACUUCUCCGAUCAAUUCCUAGACUCACCCAUUGAACUCCUCCAAGCAAUUUCAGACCACCACCAAAUCUCCCAAAACCCAGUUCAAGAAACCAACUAUUCUUCUUCCGACCAGAUGACCCACCCCAUCUUCUCAACCUCACCCCCCAGCAACCAACUUGAAAAUCUCUCGCUCUACCAGACAACCCAGUUCCAAGAUUUCUCUUCUCUUGAGGUGAAAACAGAGGAAUGCCAUCAGUUCCCGCUGAGUUCCCCGUACGGGUUCGAGCCGUUCGGGCACGGAAAUGCCGCUGAGAGCGUGGCGAAGAUGAUGCAGAGGAGCUUCAGCAGCCACUCUUUCGACGGAAAUAAGCCCAGCUUCUCGUUUCAGCCUCGGUUUGAUUGCGUUGUCGAGUCUCCGCAUUUUCAGCCCCAGGUCAUGAGCUCGCCUGAAAGCAGCUUCUCCGUCGGGCAAAUGAGGAGGGUUCACAGCACUGGAGAUUUACAAAAGAUCAAAACAACACAGGCAAACCACAGGCUGUCGUCAAGCCCAUUGGCAACAGAGAGCUCAUUCAUUGAGGAGGCAAAUCUCAAGGUGGGGCGUUACAGUGCAGAGGAAAGGAAAGAGAGAAUUCACAGGUACAGAGCAAAGCGUACCCAGAGAAAUUUCAACAAGACGAUUAAGUACGCAUGCCGGAAAACACUAGCCGACAAUCGGCCGAGGAUUCGUGGCAGGUUCGCGCGCAACGAUGAAACUGGAGAGAUUCCCAAAGCUGCGAAUUUUAAUCGAUACGAAGACGAAGAUGAUCUCUGGAUCGAUGGGUGCAACGAAGAAGAUGAGGAGAGAAGUCUAAUGGCAGUGGGUGGAGGAGGUGGUCCAUUCUUCAACAUGUUGGGUCCGACCCAGAUUCAGUACUACGGCUAUUGAUCAUGACUGCAACCAUCUACUCUGGAGUACUAGAUUUCACAAGGGUGUUCACCAGAACGUGGACCACAUAGCCAUGAUCAAAUGCCCUAAUUUUCUCUCCAAGAAAUUCAGAAGGCUUGAGCUUGAUUGAUGAAUAAUAAGUUACUCUAGUAGUAGUUUUCUUUUAUAACUCAGGUGUCCGGAUCCGGAGCCGGCUUAAGUUAGUUGGUUUUUUGGUAGAAUAGUAGUAGUCGUUUUUUUUGUUUUUUUUAUUUUUAUGAUUUAUGAUAUGAUGCAUCAACUGUAGCUAUGGCACCAUAUGCAUUUUUAAUGCAGUUAUUCUCUUUAUAAUAA